GUCUCCAGGUGUGAGAACAUGGAUUCCCGACCCUCUCUGACUGAAGAUGAUUUCUCCUGUCCUGUAUGCUGUGACAUCUUCAGGGAGCCAUUACUCCUGACCUGCUCCCACAGCAUCUGUAAGAGCUGCCUGCACACCUUCUGGCAGCAGAGAGGAGCUCCGGAGUGUCCAAUCUGCAGGGGCGUCUCCUCCACCCCUGAACCUCCGGUGAACAUCGUGUUGCACAACAUGUGCCAGGCGGUACUGAAGGAGCGCAACCGGCGGAUGUCAGUGGAGAUGGAGGGGCUCUGCAGUAUACACCGAGAAGCUCUUACUCUGUUCUGCGUGAAGGAUCAGAGGCCGAUCUGCACCAAGUGCAAGAACUCCAGAUUACACAGCAGGCACACCGUCUGCUCUAUACAUGAAGCAUCCCAAAAUCUCAAGCAUGUUCUCAAAAUGAAACUCAAGCCCUUACAUGAGAAGAUUAAGACCUAUCAGGACUUCAAAAAAUCCUAUAUUAAUAUUGGAAAGCACAUUGAGGAGCAGAGCAAAAACACAGAGGCACUGAUCAGGAGGGAGUUUGAAAAGCUUCACCAGUUUCUCUGGGAGGAAGAGAAGGCCAGAAUAGCUGCACUCAUGAAGGAAGAGGAGCAGAGAAAUGAGACAGUGAAUAAAAAGAUUGACAAGAUCUCAAUUCAAAUAUCCAGCGUCAUGAACACCAUCAAUGCCAUUGAGAAACAGAUACAAGGAGAAGAUUUGUCAUUUCUAUUGAACUACAACGCUUCACUUGAAAGGACUCAAGCUAAACUAGAAACUCCAAAGAAAUUAUCUGGAGUUCUGAUCAAUGUGGCCAAGCAUCUGAGCAAUCUGAGCUUCCAGGUGUCAGAGAAAAUGCACAACUUUGUACAAUACACACCUGUUGCUCUAGACCCCAACACUGCCCACGCUGGCCUCAUAGUCUCUGAUGAUUUGAUCACCAUGGAGUAUAAAGGCGACCCUCAGCAGCUUCCCGAUAACUCCGAGAGGUUUGAGGGUUAUGUGAGCGUCAUCGGCUCUGAGGGCUUUAAUUCAGGAACGCAUUUUUGGGAUGUUGAAGUUGGUGAAAACACAGCAUGGGCUGUCGGAGUCAUCUCAGAGUCUGUGUGUAAACAAAGAGAGAACCUUUCACGGUUCGGUAUAUGGUAUGUAGGUUUCUCUAAUGGCAAAUAUGGUAAAGGAUAUGCACCGGAGAUCUUGACUCCACUACAGGUUAACAAGGCAAUCCAGAGGAUCAGGGUGCAGGUUGACUUUGACAAGGGCAGGGUGAUCUUUACAGACUCUGCCCGUAACAUCUGUCUGCAUAUCUUUAAACAAUCUUUCAAGGAGAGAGUUUUCCCUUACUUUUACAGCCACUGCAAGCAACAUCCUCUAAGAAUAUUACCAGUAAAUUCCUCAACGUCCAUUCAGACACACGGUUAGAAAACAACAGGCAGCAUUAAACUGAAUCAAAUGUUAUUACUUGAAGUUGUAUUUUAAAAUCAGUUUUCUUAUGUACAGAAAUGUAUGCAGAUCAAGAGACUGUUCAUUACCAUAAUAAUAA